AUGGUAACCUCUGCCAACACGUCAUAUGUCGCGUCAGGUAUCGAGCAGACGGAAGUAGAGAUGAAGACCCCCUUUCAGGUCCCUCUUGCCCUAUGCAGCUACGUUGACCUAGACGCAUGGGGUGAUUGGGCUAUCUUCGACCCAGACGACGAAGAAAACACCCACAAGACGAUUGCCUCUUUCGUCCUCUUCCUGCUAGAGGUGUACAAGCAGGAGGACCUUGCUGGCCAAGAGCUUUGGUCACGUUUCCGCAGCGAUUUCGAAGGAUGGACAACAGCUACGUUUCGCAAGGCUGUCUCAGCGAUACUGAAGCUGCUGCGCGACUUCCUACUAUAUCGAGGGGUCUGGAUACCUAUAGAUAACUCCCAGAUACGCAACAAUCUUCUCAGAGUCGUCCAAGAGAAUGACUAUCACGUCUGGACAGAAGAAGAAAUCCAAGAUACCAGCAAAAGGAGCCCUAUCUUCAGAACACUCGCUCUCAACUCCAACUUCGUCGAAGAUCUCCAGGCCCAGCCCUUGACUGUUGAAGAUAUCAGACUUCCUCCCAAGGCCGCAUAG